GGUUUUGCUGCCCAUAUUUCACCAUUUGCAGAAGUACGAGAUCUUGGAAAUCUUCUGACAAGAAGUGGAUUCUCUCUGACGACAGUUGAUUUUGAUGAAGUAACAAUAGGAUACCCCAGCAUGCUUGAGCUAAUGCAGGAUCUAAAAGGCAUGGGAGAAAACAAUGCAGCUUGGAAUAGGAAGACGGUACUGCACAGAGACACAAUUUUAGCAGCUUCAUCCAUUUACCAAGAUAUGUAUGGUCUAGAAGAUGGUGGAAUUCCAGCAACGUUUUUUGUACUUUAUAUGAUUGGCUGGAAGCCUCAUGACUCUCAGCAAAAAGCUGCUACACGUGGGUCUGCAACAGCUAGCUUUGGUGACAUCUCAAGUCUGAAUAAACCCAAGGAAUAGAUUCAGAUUACUUCAUCAUCUCUUUGUCAUUCAUUGACUGGCAGUUCAGAACUUCAAGGUUGUUUUGAAGCAAGCUUGUCAUACAACAGUGCUCCUUGGUCCAAAAGGGUUUCUAAGGGUUUCUUCCAUUCUCUGUCAGUGUGGAAAAUGAGUAUGUGAAAAACAGUGUGGGUCAGACAGCUUUACCUGUGACAACUGCCAUUUUCCAUUUCCUCACUCUUUUUAUUAUCUCCACCAACCCAAGAGUGGAUGGAACAGGCUACUGAAAUCACUCCUAAAUCACAAGAGAAAUUAGACAUGGAUUUGGAUUGGUUUUUACUAGUGAUCUAUUGGAGAACAGAUGUUUACAUAAAACAAAUAGAUUCCAUGUUGCCAUACAUCAGUUCGGUUAAAGAGCACAGUAGUCAAAAUGUAGGAAGAACAUCACUGACAUUCAGCUGCAUGUUGUGUGCCACUUAUUUGUUCUUAUCAUAUUUUAGACUACAUGCUGUCCUUCCCUAUGGGUGAAGUCCUUUUCACAAGUAAUAAAUAUUAAUGAAUAAAAAAAUAGAGUAAGAAAUAUGGUAAGUUUUGAGCUCAAAGCUUAACAUCUUUCUUACCGGUAUUCUAUUUACUAAAACAUGACGCUAAAAUUGACAUUGUGGAUCCUAGCGGUAUGCAUGUCCUACAUGUAUAUAAACUUCAUAAUGGGCCUUGCUCACCAUAGAGUCUCUUUGGCACUGGUAGGGCAUUGGAGCAUGGAAUCCAAAGGUCUGAGGUUUGAUUUCUCAUAGGGAUUCACGUUCGUGACAGGACAAAAAACAUCUUUCUCUAGAGAAAUGAUGGUUGGGCACUGUGGGGAACUCUGUGAGUGAGGGCAUGCCAUCUGUAAACUAUAACUGAACAGUUGUCAUGGCAAUAAUUUAAUAAUUUUGUCAGAGAGGGACUGUUACUUUCAUUUGUCUCUGAAGCAUGUCAGGAACACAACUUACAAUCAAUAAAAAUCAUAACCAAGUUCAAUCAAAGGGUAAUAAAAGUAAGCUUUAUUUUCUAAAAGUUAUCAAAAGUGUGGAGUAAAAUAUCUUUUACAAGUAAUUAAUAUUUGCACUUUACAGAAUGACAAUUGUAGAAAAAAAGCCUUACAGUGAAGACAUAUUUACAUUUUAUUUAGUAUCAACCACUAAAUAAUUGGAUGAUGCUUAAUUUGUAAAUAUUUGCAAGGUGGUUCAAUGUACUUCAUGAAUUAAAAUUCAAAGUUUGGGCAGCUUUGGACAGUGUCUUUUUUUAAAGGACUUAGCAGCAAUGUAAAUUUACUUGACUGAAUGUUUGUGUUCAUUAUUAAUUCAACAAAAUCAUUUUUUUCAAAACAAGUGACUAUGAAUUAUUUCUGUUCUAUUUUUUUUUUCGAUUUUUAGCUCAUUAAAUUACCUGUUAUUACAAAUUCUACUUAUAAAAAUUACUGUUUGGUAUGCAAAAUAAUUUUUAACAUUCUUCUGUAACUUCAAAUAUUGAAAUAAAUUGAAUCAAAUUGGGAUUCAAGCACACAGACUUAUGGUACAACAAAACUGAGCACAAACUUUUUCAUAUCUUAGUGUCACCAUGGGCCCAUUCCUCAAAAGUGGCAGUCACUUAACAGGCCUAUAACACUGUUCUGUUUUCAUUCAAGAUGGAGAUUUCAAAAGUUUUGGAAAAAAA